UGCAGCGCGGCUCCCUGCGGCCCAAACUCUGAUCAACACCCUCAAACUUCUGCUCGAAGUCCAUGUGGGCCCGGAAUGGACGGAGGACGGAGAGCCGGACCGCGGGAUACCGGGCCUUCCAGGACAUCGAGCUGGCUCUGUGAUCGCGGGGCGUCCAGGGCUGCUGAAUACUAACGGACUGCGGGCCAACACAAGAGCGCUUCUCAAGAAACACAGACCCGGUUCAGAGGUUUCAGAGCUCCUCGUCACGGCGGCCCUGCUGGGGUUGCUAUGGCAGCUGCUGUCACAGGAACCCAGAGCUGGAAGCAGGCUGGCCCCGGCGCCGCAGGACAGACCACUAGUCAUCGCUCCCAGAGACGGCCCGGCCAUCAGGAAGCGGCACUCUGAGCCCAGAAGAGGAGCAGAGGCUUGCUGCUCCGCUCUCCUCAUGAGUCUUGCCUGUGUGCGCCCCGGCUCUUGGCCAGAGUCUCCGAGCGGCGGCGGCGGCAGCGGCGUUCUCCGUCUGGCUCCACCAUGUUCCACCAGCAGGAGCAUCUGAAGGGCCAGCUGCAGGACGGCCAUCCCGCCAGCAGGCAGGUCUUCCACUGCCAGGAGUGCGGGAAGCAGUACAACACACAGCUGGGCUACCGGCGCCACCUGGUGGCCGCCCACGGCACUGCCGCGGGCCUGCCCUGCUCCGAGGGAGCGCCCCCCCUUCUGGAGCACCUGGGCGGGCACAUUGACAGACCCCCGCCGCCGGAGGGCGGCACCAACGUGGCCGUGCCGGUGAGAGAGAGGAAGUACUCCUGCGAGCGCUGCGACCGGCGCUUCUACACCCGGAAGGACGUGCGGCGCCAUGCGGUGGUGCACACCGGGCGCCGGGACUUCCUGUGCCCCCGCUGCGCCCAGCGCUUCGGCCGCAGGGACCACCUGACCCGCCACUUGAAGAAGAGCCACGCCCAGGAGGCGGGUCUGAUGCCCCCCUGUAACCCCAGCACCCCCGUGGCCGCCCCGAACCCGGCGCCCCCGUGCCCGGUGAAGGAGGAGCCCAGCCCGGUCCCGGCCGACAUGAGCGCCGUCUCCAAGGAGCCCGUGGAGACCUUCUCCAGGGACAUGUACGCCUCGUACCCCAUGGCGAACCCUGUCCCGGGGAUGGGCCACCCCCACGGCCUCAUGCAGGGCUCGCUGUCCUCCAGCAUGGCGGUGGGCCGCCACAUGUCCUCGCAGCCCUCGCACGCCCACCACCACCACCUGCAGCCGGGGGCGGGGCCGCAGCAGCAGCCCUACGGCAACGUGUCCCGGUACCAGCACGGAUCUACCUCAUAUCCCCGCGCCGACGUGGACAGCUUCCUGCUGGACCUGCAGAGCGCCCCGCCGCCGCACCUCGGCGCCGUCAACUCCUCUACCUCGACUUCCGCCUCUCCUCAGAGGGAAGUGUUGGGUGAAGGUCUGAGUGCUGUUGGGGACCCUCACCUGAUCUCCAGGAGCCCCGCCGUCUCCUCUGGCGAGAUGUCCUGCACCACUAACAUGGACCUGGGCCCCCUGCUGAGCUUCCUGCCCUUCAGCCUGCCCCCGUACAGCCCCCACGUGGGGAUGGGCGGGUUGGUGAUGAGCUACCCCCCGGCUGCCACCACCACCAGCUCCUCCCCCUCCCCCUCCGCCGGGCUGUCCACCCAGGCUCCGGGGCCCUUCCCCUUCUUCCAGCCCGCCCAGGCCCACGCACCGCAGGGCCCCGGGGCCCACAACCACAGCCAGCUACCUCAGGCGUACAGCGGCCCGGCGAUGAGCACUUCCAGCUCGCUACCUCACUACUACCAGGCCUUUCAGCAGUAAGCGGUCUGUCCUCGGAGACGCUGACCUUCAUAUGCACUCACAGCAUAUGCACUCGUUUUCAUGAGAAGGGUAGAUCAUGAAGAUCGCAACUUUAUUGUGAAACAAUUAUGUAACUUCAGCUUGGCAGUGCUAAUGUUGCUAAUCUUAGUUGUUAUUGUUGAACACAACAAAUCACCUCAUCAGUAUUACCUCAUUAUUUAAAACAUAAGCUUGAAUGUUUAAGGAACUGUCGGAGAUCUCACUGCAACCAAAAGCCCUUCUUGUUUUUCCUUUCAGACCCUGAAAGUUUUCCGUCACACCUUUCACAAGUUCCAUUUUUGGAGGAUGUGCUCAUUUAAAGUUAGCUACAAAAGGCUGAAUAUGCAAUGUGAGCAGAAAAUAUCACAUUAACGGUGUGCAGCAGAGUGCCAGGAAGUGGAAAAUGAGUGAACUGUGUCGCUGCCUUUGCCUUAUCCAGGGAUGCACCGAUGCCAGAACCAGACGUGGGUUUAGAUAAACCACGUCACGGCAGCUUGACUUUGAAGCCCUUGUUCUUUGAAGUUCCCUCAGCAGAAAUCAUCCUUUUCAUAACUGUCCCUGAACACACAAGUACCAGAAAUGUUGGCACACUGUAGUUUGUAUGUCAGGCCAGUAGUAGGUGCUGUUUCCUGUGGUAAACCCACAGAAAAAACAUUUUUAACUGGAGGCCCUCGGUGUUUGCUGGAAGAACUGUCUCCAUGUGUGCAGAUGUGUGUGGUGAAAGUCUUCAUGGCAGAGGUGCUGUGAAACUGACAAACGUCACAGAAGCUGCUAUCACAUAUCAGAACAUCUGGCUUGAAAGGAAACGGGGGCAAACUGAAGCUGGAGGCACGAGGAUGUGCUGGCUGAUGUUAAAGGUGAAAUGGUGUCAGACGCACAGCAAGGCUCUGAGGUGCACCGUGACGCCGGCGGUUCCACCAGGAGCAUGGCUCCAGUCGGCUCUGUCAGCCCUGGAACCACCCAGGAGAGACGCCCAGUGGCACACCAGACACAGCGAGUUUAAUCAAAUCUGCAUCAGAUGAAAAUACGGUGUUUAAAAAGGAAUUCAAAGAAUUGUCAUGACCAGUAUUGGCAUCGGUAAAUACCAGCAUGUGAUUGUUGGUAUCCAUCCCGGGAAAGCAGUCGUAUCCCUAACCCGACACUCGUGUCUUUCUGCCUGGAAAUGUCCCACUUUGAGCUGGACCCAUUUUUACUGCUGUCUCAGAGUGAACAGAUCCUGUGAACCCACAAUAUGUUGAUGGUUACCUGCUGGAUCUACAGUAUCUGAGACAGGAGACUGGGGUGUCCUGGAGGGGGGGGGGUGUCCUGUAGAGGGCCACUCUUCAGGGUGGAGGCGGGUCGUUCUGUCAUGCAGCUCUUUUUCUAGAUUAGCAGAUAAAAUGCACUUAUGAUUCAUUACCAUUGGAGCCGACCCUCGAGGCCCCGGAUCCCGGUGUUCUCCAGGCUCGGAUGUUUGGAACCGUUCUGAGAAAAUUCCAUUGUACCUCAACUGAGGAUGGGAACCCUCAGGGAGCCGUCUCUCCUUACACAUCAGGAUCCAGCUCGGCCAGACGGGGGCCCGGUUCAGGGUCCGGCCCGGCCAGACGGGGGCCCGGUUCAGGGUCCGGCCCGGCCAGACGGGGGCCCGGUUCAGGGUCCGGCCCGGCCAGACGGGGGCCUGGAGGUGCUGUGAAUGUCACUCACUAAAAACUUGGGAGAGAAGAGAGAGGUCAGCAGGUCUUGGAGAACUUCCCUGAUGCCUGGCUUCACUGGCUGUUAGGAUGUUUGAUACAAACAGAAUGACUUUGGGUCACAUCAGGUUAGUUUGAAGAGUUCCGGCUGCAGAAUCCGUUGGCUUCACUGUGGGCCAUCAUGCAUAUCUGAGAAGACUGAGCGGCUCUGGUUCCAUGUUCUGGAAGUGGACAGCUCCGUCCACCAUGGUGGAAGAGACAGGAGAGGACGAUCUGGACAAAACACACGAACCCAUCUGUUUAAAAAUGCAUUAGUUUGUAUCCAGAGAAUCAAGAAGUUCUCCGUCAGUGAGAAGAAAGUGGAAACAGGAGAUGCUUCCCUGCAAGUAACCCUGAGAAGUUCCUCACAUGUAUUUGAAGUACACCAAUCCGGAACUUCUGAAAUCAUGCAGAUGUCUGUCAUAAUAGAGCUGUUCUAUUGUCCAGUUUGUUCCUGCGUCUGUUCCUCCACUUGUUCUGUCCGGUCCCCUGUCCGGUCCCCUGUCCGGGGACCCCUGUCGGGUCCCCUGUCGGGUCCCCUGUCGGGUCCCGUGUCCGGUCCCCUGUCGGGUCCCGUGUCCGGUCCCCUGUCGGGUCCCGU